AUGUCUGGUGUCGUCGCUGAUGGAUUCAACUCCUCUCCAAUGUGGGAAAUGAUUGAAAAUGGUUUGCAACAACCCGAUCUCAAAGAAAAGGCCAUCAAAUCUGUUGGAGCUAUUCUCGUUAUCACCUUGAAGAACAAGGACGGUAAGGAACAAUCUUGGGUUAUGGACUUGAAGGAUAAGGGUACCGUUGCUAAGGUUGAUACUCCUCCAAAAAAUGAUGUUCAAUUGAUCUUGAAGGAUGCUGACUUUGUUAAGAUGGCUGAAAACAAGGCUAACGGUCAAAAGUUGUUCAUGAGUGGUAAAUUGAAGAUCAAGGGUAAUAUGAUGAAGGCUGCUUCUCUUGAAACUGUCUUCAAGCAAUUGGACCCAAGAGCAAAGUUGUAA